GUUCCGUAUAAUAUAAAUACUGUUUCCUGUUAAAGUGGACAGUCAGUAUACGUAGUCUAUUAUAACCGAACAGACAUGAUGAUUUUUGGUGCGGUUUUGGCAAUUUGUUGCCUGCAGGCAGCAAAGGCGGAACCGAGCAACUGGGGUUCGUCUUCAAACCAGCAACUGGAAGGAGUGCCUGAUUUGGAAACUUACGCGAAAAUCACUUACCCCAAGUACGACAUUCUCGAUUUGGGCGAAUAUUCCAAAGGCCAUCUGCCCGGCGACGAAAUCAAAGUAACCAAGGAAAGCAAACUCACUAUUCCCCAGCCCUACCCAGUAAAAAUCCCUAUUCCCCAGCCCUAUCCCGUCCACAUUGACAAACCCUAUCCAGUACAUGAGACUAAAAUCGUAAAGGUUCCCGUCCCAGUACCGCAAAUAGUCGAAAAGAAGGUUCCCUAUCCGGUGGAGGUGCCUAAACCGUAUCCAGUUGAGGUGCAUUCCAAUGGUGGCAAUGGGGGAGGCUACGAAGGCCACCAAGCAGUAGAAAGCAGUGGAUAUGGCGUUCAAGAAGAACACCUUCAGCUCCCGUCAAAUGAAGGCUACGAAGGCGGCAUUGGAGGCGGCAGUUUCAACCCCUACGAAAGCAAAGCUUUGGAAGAAUCAGCCCCCAACGCGGAAAGUGGCGGCUGGCAGCCCCUCGGGGGCGAUAAUGGCCAAGGGUACCAUUACUAAUUUAUCAAGACUGGUUCUCAGCGAUUUCUGUUGAUUAGUUGUAAAUAUUGUUGAUUUUUUAUAAAAUGCUUAAAGAUACUGACU